CAACCGCCAACAACGGCGACGGCGCUAUCAAUCCUCGACCUAGGCCCCCUGCUUGUGUCGCGUGGUUCCCCUCCACCUCUGGACCUCUUCAUCAAGCAAUUGAAGUAGGUGUGCUCCAGAUAGUCAUCCUCCCAGCCCUUGCAUCCCCACAGUGACAGCGCGUAUCUCUGCAAUCAUGUCAAGGUGGAAUGAGCUCUUCAAUUCCGAGGGGCACGAAGGGCGAAUCAGGCUGGAAGACGGUGCCAAUUCGCUCUUGCCCACACGUCGCGAGCACGUACACCCACCACCGAUCGAUCCCAAAGAAGUCACCAAGAUCUGCCUGCGCCUGAAGCACCAGAUCGAGCAAGUUAUUCCCUACGAAAUCGAAGAAGAGAAGGUUACCAAGGCGAACAGUCCCAUUAUCACACAAGCUGUGCUGGACACGGCGAACAAAGCGGGCGGGGAGGACAAGACGGCAUGUGUUGUAUACUGCCUCCUGAUCGUCAAGAAAUGGUUCAAGAAACAAGCCAACGCCGAGCUGUGGGAUGCUGACCUGCAUGAUGUACGCGCCAUUGCUGCCGAGAUGAUGGCCAAGCGUAUCAUCGAAGCCGAAGAGGACAUGGACUACCUCAUGGAAGAGGUUCUGCUUAAGCGGUACGCCACCCUCGUCGAUGGCGAGCCUACCGAACCCGCCAAUGCCGUCGAGAAGGCCGUCGAUCUACAUGCUGUAACUGUCAUCGGUUCUUCUGGAUACCAGAAGUGCAUAUCCUACCUCUGGCGCGGCUGGAUCGUUCAGGAUGACGAGGAUCCGACCCGCUUUGUCCAGUAUGAGAACAAGACAAACACGAAUCUUUGGGCUCAUCUUGACCCGGAUCGCAUGCGUGUCCCACGUUACCAGAACUGGGUGCAGAUCACCUUUUCCCUGAUCUUCUUGGGCCUGUACACCGGUGCGAUCAACACCAUCAACGCAGAUGCUGACCUGGAUAUCGUCGAGGGUUUGCUUUACAUAUUUACGCUCGGCUUCAUUUGCGACGAGGUCAACAAAUUCUGGAAGGUCGGCCGCUUCUACAUCUCCUUCUGGAACAUGUUCAACAGCGCGUUGUAUGCUCUCCUCACAGUGUCCUUCAUCUUCCGCAUGGUAGCGAUCAGCCACAGCCCCGAUGAGAACAACGAGAAGGACAACCCGCGCAGAAAGUUCAACGAGCUUGGCUACAACUUCCUCGCCUUCACGGCGCCGAUGUUCUGGAUGCGUCUGCUGCUCUACCUUGAUACUUUCCGUUUCUUCGGCGCCAUGCUUGUUGUGCUCAAGGUCAUGUUCCGCGAGUCGCUCAUUUUCUUCCUCCUGCUCUUCGUCGUGCUGGUCGGCUUCUUGCAGGCCUUCAUGGGUCUCGACAUCGCCGAAGACCAAGUCAUGGACGACAUCGGCUUCGUCAUGCAAGCCAUGCUCAACGCCAUCAUGCAGUCUCCCGAAUUCGAAGGCUUCGACAACUUCGCUCCUCCCUUCGGUCUCAUCCUCUACUACAUCUUCACAUUCGUCGUCAUGGUCAUCCUCCUAAACAUCCUCAUCGCGCUCUACAACUCCGCCUACGAAGACAUAACCGGCAACGCAACCGACGAAUACAUGGCCUUAUUCUCGCAGAAAACAAUGCAAUUCGUCCGCGCCCCCGACGAGAACGUUUUCAUCGCGCCCUUCAACCUAAUCGAGAUGUUAUUCCUCAUCUUACCAUUCGAGUGGUGGAUGGACGACGCGCGCUACGACCACCUGAAUGACUGCGUCAUGGCUGUCCUGUACAGUCCGCUGUUGAUUGUCACCGCGUUUUUGGAACAGAGGGAGGCGAGAGUGGUCAGGAAUAAUAGGAAGCGGGGCGAGGCGGAUGAGGAUGUUACGCAUGAGUGGGAGCAGGUGCUGCAUGAGUGUGAUUUUGAGGCGGAUGGGUGGGAUAAGAAGGUCCAGUCUACUAGGCCAAAUGUGGAAUUCGACACUGCGGUCUUGGAGGUCAAGAAGCUGCAGGAAGAGGUCAAGGAGGUGAAGGAGCUUUUGUUGAAGUUAACGGAGAAGAGUGACGGGUGGGGCAAUGAUACGUUGGGUGGGAGUAAGUUCGAUAAGUUGGGGCAGAGCAGCGGGAGCGUGGACAGGGAAGAGUAGGUUUUGCUUGACGUAAAUGUGGCGAGGUAGUCUGAUGGACGUACGAUAGGCGAGGGAAGAGUGAGUUUGGAGGUACGCAAGCUACAGAGGGGAGUGACUGGCGCUCAGACUGAGCGUGCUGAGAGGGACCUGUGUGCGUAUCGAAAGUGCCUAUAGCGUUGUGUAUGCGUC